UGGAGAUUAUUGCAUUAGUUGGUCAAUGAAACUAGAAUCUUCUCUGGGUAAUGAACUAACAGACAGUGUGUGCCAGUUCUGGAAGAGGAUUGAUAGGCCGGCAGAAAAUAUGCCCUGGUUCCAAAUCAUUCCGCAUAAAAGACAGGGUUACAUGCCUCCACAAACAACAAGAGAGAUUAAUAGAGAGAUGGAAUUUCUGGGCGGGAGCAUGACUUCGCCAUCUAAUUUUGUUAAGCACUGGGAAACAACAGCUUCUGUUGAAUUCCAACAAGACAAGUCUCUGUUGCUAAUUGAAGAUUCAACAAUGAAAAUUGAAAUCAGUAUAUCACCUGAUUUCUUGCACGAUUAUGUUAUAGUACACUUACAACGUAGUUUCGUGGCCUUUUACUUCAAUGUGAAAUAUAGUCCAAAAAUAUUCUUCUCUGCUAGGCACCCGUUCAUGUUUUGUAAUCUAACAGAAACAAGACUAUCAGCCAGUGACCUUCCAUUUCAAAAAUUUGGCUGGUUGAGCUGUUUUUGUCUAAAGCUAAAAAAAGAAAACCCAUUGAUACCCAGGAUACUUUGGUAUAUUCAGUAUGUAGGUCUAUUUGUUGCGUACACUGAUAUGACAAUUGAAGAUUCUCAGCAAAUGAUAGAGGUUACUUUUUCUAGUUACGAAACAGCUUAUGCAUGGGAAUCUCUUUGCUCACAGGGUUUUAAAGUUGUAGACCAUUUGACACAAGCUGUUGUAAAGGAAAUCACCAGUCUCCAAAUCACUGCAGAAGUGUUUCACAUAAUGGUUGACCUAGUUGCAGAAAAGCCAUUCUUUCAUUUCUUUGGAGAUUUGUUGGAAGCAAUGGAAAUGACAAAAUAUACUAAAAAUGAAAAUAAGAAUGACAUACCUGGUAAUUUAACUUUGGUUAGACGCGCCUUGCUCACUCCAACGAAACGUGUUUUCCUGCCAAAGGAAUUAUUGAGUCAAAAUAGAAUUUUACGCCAGUAUAACGAAGACUAUUUUAUCCGGCUUGUUUAUCGUGAUGAGGAUUAUCAAAAACUCAAUGAGACUCAGUCUGGAACUUUAAACAACGUAUUGGCGGACAUGAAGCGAACUUUUAUUGACGGAUUAUUAUACAAAGUCGCCGUUAUGAAUAUUUGGGAUGUUCCAACAGUCAGCUUCGAGAACACAGCUUUUGGUUCUUCAGCUCGUAUGAUGGAAUUACGGCAGACAGCAUCAGACAACGAGCUGGAGAUCUAUCGAAAGAGAGAUGUGUUGCCUCGUAUGUGUCUCGCUUUGGACUCUGUUUUUCAGCGUCUCAACAUACGUUGAACGUUGGGAUAGAUCAAGGAGAGUUACACUAUGAAGCAGAUAUAAAAAGAAAUGGGUAUUGCUUCACCGACGGUAUUGGAAAGAUAUCACGGAACCUUGCUUUAAAGGUUGCGAAGAAAAUGAAUAUGAAAUACAUACCGUCUGCUUUCCAAAUUCGUUAUGGUGGUUGUAAAGGCGUUGUUGCAUUAGAUCCGUCUCUUGGAGAGAUUAAUGUACUCGUUAUAAGAGAGAGCAUGAGAAAAUUUCAAAGUGGAUCGACAAGUCUAGAGGUGUUACAGGUUACUC